AUGACACAUUUGCAGGUGAUUUCGGUAAUAUCCGUAUUUUUUGUGAUCACAUCAAUAAUUUGUUUCUGCUUGAAGACACAUCCAAAUUUCCGUAUUCCGGAUAUCGAUAUUGAACUCAGGAAUGAUUCUACUCAUGCAUUACUCGUAACAAAAAUCGCUACAAGAGCACAUCCAGCGUUUUUUUACAUUGAAUUUGUCAGUAACAUAUGGUUCACAAUGGAAUUAUUCAUUCGCUUUCUAUUUUGCCCGAAAAUAUCACAGUUUACCCGACAAGCAGUCAAUAUUAUCGACUUAAUAGCGACAUUAUCGUUUUACAUCGAUUGGGCGCUGGAUCGAACAAUAACUGGCGCUAAUCGCGACACUGUUGAAUUCUUUUCCAUUAUUCGAAUUUUGCGACUGUUCAAGUUGACGCAACAUUUUUCGGGACUCAAAAUUCUGUUCCAAACAUUUAGGGCAUCUGCUCAAGAAUUAUUGCUGCUGGCGUUUUUUGUACUACUUGGUAUAGUAAUAUUCGCCGCAUUGAUUUACUAUGCGGAACGAGUAGAAACAAACCCGGACAAUCAAUUUCACUCCAUUCCGGUCGGACUAGUGGUACUACUUGGUAUAGUAAUAUUCGCCGCAUUGAUUUACUAUGCGGAACGAGUGACAAUCAAUUUCACUCCAUUCCGGUCGGACUUGGUACUACUUGGUAUAGUAAUAUUCGCCGCAUUGAUUUACUAUGCGGAACGAGUAGAAACAAACCCGGACAAUCAAUUUCACUCCAUUCCGGUCGGACUAUGGUGGGCAAUCAUCACUAUGUGUACAAUUGGCUUUGGAGAUAUGGUGCCAAAAACAUAUUUGGGUAUGUUGGUCGGUUCACUUUGUGCGCUAAUGGGAGUAUUAACAAUUGCACUUCCAGUUCCGGUCAUCGUCUCCAAUUUUGCAAUGUUUUAUUCACAUGCUCAAGCUCGGUCGAAACUACCGAAAAAGCGACGACGUAUUUUACAACCACAUGAAAUUAAACCAAUGGUUGGAAGAUUAGCAAGCAUAGCACUUUUCAACAGUUUGACUCAUAAGAAUGUGUCACCAAUUCAUUCGUCACAUUUGCUGGGUGCUUUAACUGCUACCACUCCAUUACUAAUGUAUCCACCGACAACAGAUUUCACUGCUAAUUUACAAUCAACCAAAAGUAAAAGCCAUCAUCAUUGCAUGAACAAUAAAAAUAAUAUUUCGGAUGGUAAUAAAAACGAUUAA